AUGGCUGGCCCACCUCCCCUCCAGGGCGAUUUCUUCGGCUUCGGCAACCUCGACGUCCUGCCCAUGUUCUCCGCAGCAGGCCACAGCCAAGGCAUCCCAGAUUCUCAUGCGCUGCGGCUCGACGACGACGACGAAGACGACGCAAUGGCACUUCUCGAGGGCAACAUGAUGGCGCAGUUCGCCGGCGACAUGGGCCUCGGCCUGGACCCGAUGGCCGCCUUGAUGGACGGAGACGGCAGCGACAUCAUCUCGCCUGACGCCAUCCUCAAGGCUCAAGAUCAGUUCAACACCGUCGCCAACGACGUUCCCGGUGCGGGGCCGUUGCCGGCCGCGGCCUUUGCACCGCCCGCCAUACCCAGCAACAACCCGCUGACCGAGUUCACCAAGAGACGCAACUGGCCGGCAAAGGUGGUGGAGGAGCUCAGAGACUUGCUGCAGAUUCUCGAUUCCAACGGCCGCAUCAGAUACGUGUCUCCCAGCAUCACCGCACUCGCCGGGUACACUACGGAAGAGGUCCAAGACACCUUUUUGAAGCAUCUCAUCCAUCCCGACGACCAGGGCGUGCUCGUUUCUGAGCUUCACGAAUCCAUCGCAACCGGCAACCCGCUGCGCAUGUUCUACCGGAUGAAGAAGAAGGAUGGCACCUAUGCCAUCUUCGAAGCCGUGGGUCAUGCCCACAUUGCGGCUGCCCGAUUUGCACCAAAUCCAAACAAUCAGUCUCCCUUUUGCCAGGCCGUCUUCAUGAUGGCCCGUCUCUACCCAACCAAGAACGCCGCGCUAUUAGACUCAUUCCUGGACCAUAAGAUUGAAAACGAGAGGCUACGACGUCGCAUAGCCGAGCUACGGAGAGAGGAGGAGGCGGAAGCAGAGGAGGCGCAAAGGCAGUGGACACAGAGCCGAGAGGGCCGGUCGGAUGUCACUCCAUCCGAGGAUGCUGGCCGAUCGUCAUCAACAGCAUACGCGCCCUCCAAUUUGCCCACCGACAUUUCCAUGUCAUCGGGAAAUACCGAUGGCGCACUGACUCGAAAGAACCUGGAAGACGUCACAGCAAGCAGUCGCCAGGAUUCGCUGCGUGAUAAAAUGGCUCGAUUCGAAGCAUCAUCCGCAGACACCAUAGCUCUAUUGACAGGCAUAGAGAAUGGCGAGCGGAUGAGCAACGGCAACCGGAGCCCUACCCUUAUCAAGGGCGAUGCGGGAAUCGCCAUGCCCAUGGAUAGGGAUUCCAGAUCAGGCGAUAAGAAGAAGAAACUUAAGCUGGCAGAAGAAUAUGUCUGCACAGAUUGCGGUAUAGGGGCCCUGUUCGAUAUUGUUCUCUUUUUUUUCCAGCCACUAAUACAACACUUAGGCACUCUUGAUUCUCCAGAAUGGCGAAAGGGGCCCAACGGCCCAAAGACACUCUGUAACGCCUGCGGAUUACGGUGGGCGAAGAAAGAAAAGAAGCGCAAUAGCAUCGGCACACCGUUGGCCAAGCCAGCUCAGGCCUAG